CACUAACGAAUUCGUUCAUUAGGUGUCAGCAUUGCGAGAAAUUCAUUUGCGAAAAUGGCGGAGUAUGUUCAAAAGCAAACGAUCUCAUGAUGUGCAAUUGUUCCACUGGUUUCAAAGGACAACAUUGUGAAACUUCUGUAUGUGGCAAACAUGGUAAACCUUUCUUGCAGAAUGGAGUGUUACGUUGCGUAUGUAUGCUUGGAUACACUGGAGAUAGAUGCGAACAGAACGGUUGUGAUAAUCUUUGCCAGAAUGGCGGCAGAUGCAAAAUGGGUUCCAAGCAACCUGAGUGUGACUGCCCUGAGAACUUUCGGGGAAGGCGAUGCGAGAUUAAUUUAUGCCAAGAAAGAUAUCCUCCCAAAGGAUGUGUGGAAAAUAUGGAUUGCCAUAAUGGUUUUCCUGUCAAGCCAAAUACAAUUGUCAAUGAAACUGUUUGUCAGUGCCCCAAAGAGUGGGUCGGAAAAAAUUGUGAGAAAUAUAUCAUUGGCUCGAAUCCUUGCCUGAAUCGCUGUCUCAAUAGUGGUGUGUGUGUUGUGCAUUCAUUAGAAGAUCAGCCGGUGUGUCACUGUACAAAACGUUGGACAGGUACAUAUUGUGAAAGACCUGCAGUUUGCGAAGACUUUUGCCAAAAUGGAGGUACCUGUUCCGUUAGUGAAGAAGUGGCUUAUUGUACUUGCACUGAGGAAUAUAAAGGCGUCAGAUGUGAACAAGCUUAUUUCACAAAUAAAGGAAAGCUGGAAAAAGAAUCUCGAAGCAUUUUAGUUCCUAUGCUGUCUGCCAUAACAGUCAUAAUAAUAGUUCUGAUAGGCGGAUUUUUCGUCUUUGAAUAUUGCUUCAAGAGCAGAACUCCUUUCUCACAUGAAAGGCUGCAGGAGAAUGAUUUUAGCAAUCCAAUUUAUCAAGAAAGAGAUGCGGAGCCUUUCUCAUUGGAUGCUGAUCAGUCUGGUAAUUUCGCUAAUCCUGUAUAUGAACAUGUAUUCAACUGUACGGGUAGCGUUAAAGAUGAGAAGGCUGUUCUUCUAGAGCACAGUGCAGACGAAACUCCUCCUCCUGCCUCAGAAGAAAUGUAGUUCAAUUUUUUUACAUUUCUUCAACUCGGCUAGGUUAGUUGAUAAUACAUGAAGAUGGUAGAAUGAGGGAGGAACAAUGAAGUUUGUUAAUUUGUUAAGUUCAAGAAUUUUUGUUGAAAUCAGGUAUUCAUAAUUCGGUUUUUAUGAGUGACUGUUUCAAGAGAAAGUACAAAGAACCUGAUAUUUGAUUCAAGAAGCACUAACUAUACUAACACUAUUCACCGCAAAAAUAAACAAACAUGUCUUAACGCAUACUUUUGACUAUGUAUUAAUAUUUCAAGACAUUCCAAUGAUUGGAAAAAUUAAUAGAAAUUAGU